UCUCGUCGGGUGCCUGAACGGCUUUUCACCCAACCACCCCACAGACUUUUUUUUAUCUUCUCAGAAAGUCUGCCUAUUCAUCCGCUUCUCUUAUCCAAGUCCUCUUUUACCUGUCCUUUCUGCCCUCACUGCAAGCCCACCCCAAGAACCUUCUGCGGAGCUUCUUGGGACGUCUUGCGCUGUGCUAACCCCACAUUUCCUCGGUCGGAAAUAGCACUUCGCAGUCCAUUGUUAAUCUCAGGCAUCUGCAAGGGUUCAGGAUGGGUCCCGCUGCGCGUUACCGACCCAUGUCUCCCAGCGGAUCGCGUAUGAUCGAUCCUAUGCGGGCCUCCACCGGCACCGUGCAGCUCAGUGCUUCCUACGAUCCCUACCACCUCUCUGCCGGCCGUCCGCCAUACCCGGGUUACCAUGCCGAUGUCAACUACGCUUCUUCCUACGAACCUCGCCUGGUGCGAGAACCCCGAUUGGAAGCACAACCCAUUUCUUCCACUACAUAUCGAGACCCCGGCCAUUCCACCAAGUUGAGGACGGAGUAUGCCAUCCGCCCGCGAGUGCGGAGCAGCACCAUGUCCGCGGUGGAUCCUCGCUAUUCCUCCGGCCGUUAUGACACACCCGCAUCGCCCUUGUCCCGGGCUUCCCCUGUCAUUGUCCCCGGCCACCAGCGAACCCCUAGCCCGCGUCGAGAUCAUGACCGUUACGUUGUACCCGCCUCCUCGCACCGACCCCACCGGCGGCAUCAUCUCUCACACACUGAUUAUGCCAGCGAUACUGGGCACCUAGACCCUCAUGAGGGAGCAGCAAGGUCGCGAGUGCCUCAUGGGGGAUAUCCGGUGUACGAGCACAGCCCUCGUCUGCGGUAUCCCCCAACUGGAGGUCUCCGGAAAGGCGAGGAUAUUGACGACUACGAUGCGUAUUCUUAUACCAAUGCAUCGGAGCAGAUGGAGAAAGACUCACUUGCUAGGCUGCGCUAUGAGCGAGGGGCUUAUCCAAGGAACAGGCCACUUAGUCUGACCGGCCUUGACGACCCUCACUUGCUGCCUCGCAAGGAGUCACGAGCUGUCGGGCCUCCUCCGUCUCAGAGAGGCUUUGACAAAUUGGACCAAGGCAGCCGUGUGCGGCGUUCCACACACGGCUCCGCUGACAGUGAUGUAGAUCUGGCGAGCGCCAGGCGGCGAUCCUGGCAGAGGGCCCCCGUAUCCUUGCACCAGGAUGUCGACGAGGGCUACUCUUCUUAUAGAGAUGAGUACGACCAUGGUCACCAUCGGCGACAUCGGCGACAUGAUGACGAUACGAGUAGCCGGCACUCCUACGAUGACCGUGCUUCAAGGCGAACCUCUGCCAAGAGCGCUGUCGCAGCUUCGGGGUCGAGCACGGGCCUAGGGACUGCAGUGCUCGCCAGCGGUUACUCGGACGAUUUUGACUAUGAUCUCUCCCCCCGGCCCGACCGCCAUCGCUCCCGGGACCGGAGCGCUCGGGAACCGGAGUAUAGAAGGCAUCACAGUCGGUCGCGCAGACCGUCUAGACGUCGCUCAGGAAGCGAGUCUGAUGAGCAUACCUCGGAUGAAGACCUGAAGAAAUACCGACGCGAGCCAUCGGCGCACAGGAAGCCUGAUGGCUCGGAUGUCUCAGCCAGUGGCAGCGAGCGACUGUCCCCCUAUUUGACAGUCGAUCGCGCCCAUCGCCGGCGGUCUCACUCUCGUCAUCGAAGCGAAGAUUUGCCGCGCCUCAAAGAAGCAGAUGCCAGCCGCCCCGACGAGCUGAAGAAGUCUGAGCAGGCCGCGUCGAAAGAGCAGGACCCACCUGCACCCAAAGGCAUCCUGAAGCCUCCCCGUGAGAAGUUUCCGGAAGAGCCCAAUCCCGUUCGAGAAGGCGUGGCCCCAUUGAAAGAUGCGCACAAGAAGGGCAUCCCUCCGGGCGCCCGGUGGACCAAGAUUGACCGACGACUUGUGAACCCUGCCGCCUUGGAGCUUGGCCGAGAGCGGUAUGAGGAGCGAGCGGAGUAUGUGAUCGUUCUUCGAGUCUUGACCAAGGAGGAAAUCCAGGCGUAUGCGGUCAAGACGCAGGAAAUUCGAGAUGCUCGCUGGCAAGAGAUCAUCAAAGAGCGCCGUCGACGUCGGGAGGAGGACCGCCGCCACGGGCGUAGAGUGGAUAGUUCCUCGAGCGACGAUGAAGACGAGGAUGACGAAAAUGCGACUCCUCUUGCUAUCGAGGGUGCGCCUGACGCUAAAUCGGGGUCGAAGACCGCGACUGAACCCGUCAAAGCCGCAGCGUGAUCAUAUUCUCCUGGCGCAAUCUUUCUGUUCCAUUAUUGCUUUUUUGUUUAUUUGGAUUAUUUCAGUUUCAAUACCUCCAUUGUUCACGUGAUUACAUGCUGGUCCAGAUCACGAGCUGGGAGAAAUAGAAUGAGUGUACAACAGCGGACCGGCGUUGCUCGGGAUUGAAGGAACAGGAAUGUAUGGAUCAAGGCAGUGCCUAUUAGACGCAACGACCUGGAUGCACGCGCAAUCAAACAAGUCAAGCAAUUACAAUUGGAAGCGUUUGAUUUUCAGCUGGUUCUACGGCAUGUCGUGUACACA